UGACAAAUUGUGGGCAGGCUUUGUCAUCUUUUACUCCCCGCUUUCUUGUGACGUGCAACUUCUUGCCUUGAGUUUUUUUUUCUGGCCGUAGGAAAUUGCCCGCAUUGCAUAGCACAACAGAAAGUUUACCCGCCUUAUUAUCAUAGUAACUAUGGCUGCUUCACUCGUACGGUCCUCUUUGCGCGCUCUAUCAAAGCGUGCUGUACCUUCAUUGCCUUUGACAGCUGCACGCAUUGCUCCUCGUGCUUCCAUUCUCGCUAAUGUUCCAGUCCGCCCUUUCUCCAUUGGCACACGCGCAUGCUUCGGCUCUGGAACCAUUGAUAACGAACUCGUACACAAGCUGGAUGAGGAGAUUCUUUAUGAAAAAUCCAAUGAUGAACCUGAACAACCUGGUUUUAUUCAAGAGUUUUUGGAAGCCAAUUCUUUCAAGUUGGAAGAUAAACCCGGUAUGGACGAAGUCACUCUGACACGCACGUUCGGAAACGAAAAGAUCCGAGUAUUGUUUGCUAUUUCGGACAUUAACAAUGCUGCUGAGGAUGACUUUGCUGAUGUACCAGCUGACGACGUUGAGGGAGAUGAGGAGGAUGUUGCCCCAGUUUCCUUCCCCGUUCGUGCCUCUGUCACCGUUGAAAAGGAUGGAAAGGGUGCUGUCACCAUUGACACAGUCGCACAGGAUGGCGCAAUUGUAAUCGAAUCCGUUCUUUACUACAAAGAUGGAAAGCUGGCCACCGAGCAAUCUGCUGAAGCUGAUUGGCAAAGACGCGGAUUGUACAUUGGACCUCAGUUCUCCGAGUUGGAUGAAGGUGUACAAACGUUGUUCGAACGUUAUCUUGAAGAACGUGGCGUCAACACUGCCCUUGCCAACUUUUUGCCUGACUAUGUCGAAUACAAGGAGCAGAAAGAGUACUUGCAAUGGUUGCAAAAUGUCAAGAACUUUGUUUCCGCAUAAGCAAUACCUCUUGAUAAAAACCGGAAAUAGCAAAUAAACACUUUUUAGGAUAGAAUGCUGCCUAUUCCGAGAAUUCACAAAAUUGACUGGUGGGGGAACUAAUUUUCAGUCAAAUUGUUGCAUCAGAAACCUCUCCCAAAUAGCUUGAUUCUUCGGAGAACGAUAAGCCGUCCGGGUGUCCUGAUUCUAUGGUGUAAUCAAUGUCCUCCUGGUCACUACUGUGG